AUGGUAUUGUGGUCAUAUUUAAGAGUAUUAUUCAGAAGUCCCGGAUCACCUAGAGAUCCAGAAACUUCAACAACUAUAUCAUCACGAAUACCAAUACAACCAGAACAAUCUAUAAUGGGAACAACAUCAGCAGUGAUACAUAAUGAAUCCGAUCCAUCAUUGAAAUUAAAUUCUGCAUCAGCAUCAUCAUCAAAAAUAACAAGUAAUAACGGUCAUCAAAUGACACAUCAAUCAGAUUCUUUAAAUAAUAAAGACGUAAUACAACCUAUGAAAAAUGCUCAUCUGCGAACUUCACCAAAUCCAUUACCGACAAUUCAAGAAGUUGGCACUGAUGAAAAUCACGAUACAUCUACAGCAACAAUAAAUGUUAUGGUAAAUGGAUGUGUUGGUCACAGAAAUUAUAAAUUUUUUUACUUGUUUAUUUUUUACACGUCAUUCUACGCGGAUUUUGCAUUCGCCGCUACGAUACCAAUUGUAGUUCAACAAGCAAAAGUUGGCAAAGAUAUUGAUAUCCAGUGGAUUGUUUUAUUAAUAUUAGCAUUCUUAUUUGGGAUUUUAUUAUCCGGAUUCACCGUUGUUCACACAACAUAUAUAUUUCAAAAUCGAACCACCAUCGAGAGUAUUUCUGUUGGGUCACGUCAAUACCACGUACGCAUACAAUUUGACGCCAACAAUCCCCUUGGAUAUGGAAUUGCUACCACACAACCCGGUGAGAAUUUGUGGGAUUUAGGAUGGCGAAAGAAUUUUAAGGCGGCAAUGGGAUCAAGGUGGUGGCUGUGCCUGAUACCAAUAGGUAGCUCGCAGGGGGAUGGUUUGUCAUUCCCAUAUAAUUCAGAAUUAUAUACUCGAUUGUCAACUGAGGCAAAACGCCAAGCACAGCUAGAAGAUCGAAUAGCAAUGAUGAUGCAUCCUCAGCAUUAUCUUGCACAGGAAAUUCAGGGUGCUAGUACUAUGGCUCCGGGAGCAACAAGUCGAAUGCGACGAUACUAG